CAUACUCCCUAAACAGAAGCAAAGCUGUUUAUUACAAUGGAAUCCGUCUACCAAACCCUCAUCGCGCGGGCCCUCCAAAUCUCCCAAUCCCAACAACAACAACAACAACAACAACCCAACACCACCACCGGCCCCGUACCACGAACAAUCAUCUCCCUAAGCGGGCCCCCAGGCGCCGGCAAGUCCACCAUCGCAGCGACCGUGAUCGCGCGCCUCAACGCUCUCGCCAGCAAACCCUUCGCCAUCGCCCUCCCCAUCGACGGCUUCCACUACCCGAGGAAAUACCUCGACGGGAUGACCAAAUCCGAAGAAGCACACGCGCGGCGCGGCGCGCACUGGACCUUCGACGCCAAGGGCGCCUUGCAGCUCGUGAAGGCCCUGCAUUCGAGUAAAGCAGGCCAGCGGGAGGUGAUCUAUGCGCCGGAAUUCGACCAUGCGGGAGGUGAUCCGGUGGAGGGGGCGAUUGCGGUGUCGCCGGAGAUUUCGUUGAUUUUGAUCGAGGGUAACUAUCUGGCGUAUAAUAGGUCGCCGUGGUCGGAGAUGGGGGAUUAUGUGGAUGAUACGUGGUUUGUGGAUGUUGAUGUGGAGGUUGCGAGGAGGAGGAUUGCCCAGAGGCAUUUGGAUAGUGGGAUUGAGAAGACUAUGGAGGAGGCGUUGAGGAGGGUCGAGAGUAAUGAUAUGCUCAAUAAUGUCGAUAUACAUGAGAAUCUGAUCAAGCCGGCGGUUGUUGUAUAUAGUGUUGAUGAGCCAUAG